AUGAGUGACCGAGGCUCAGUGAUGUGCAUCGAGAGUGAAGGCUGGCCUGUUUGGUCUGAUCCCACCAGAGGGGCCACUGGAGGUCAAAUUGCUGAAAAGUUAAUGCUGGAUGUGAUAGUAAGGUGUCAAAUCACAUAGAGCAUCAGGGUUUGUUGAGUAUGAGGCUGCAGCUGUCUUCAUAGACAGCCAGAGGACCAUUGUAAAAGUACCAAACAGCCCAUGUUACCAUGAAUACGCUUACAUGUGGUCAAUGCACUUCAAUUAUAAGUCUGAAAAUGAAAUAUUGUCACAGUGGCCACAUUGAAAAAAUGUCCACAGUCACCAAAAUUGAUUUUCUUGGUAAAUUCCUCUAAACUAACACUUUUUAAAAAAAUGUGUAAUACACUUUCAUUAGAAAAUCAGGGACAGCACAGCAGUAAUGUAUUGCUGGGAGAGCCUUGGCUGAAUUGUCAGGAAUAAAGGUCAGGUAUCAGGAUAUUACACAAGUAAGAAUAUUAAGAGUGAAAUAUUGCUUUAAAGAUUUACACACUUGGUUCAACCUUGACACUCCUUUUUGCUCGGCUGAUUGAACUGAAGAGAGAAAAUGGAGACUGGAAUAUAAUGACUUAAUGGACCAAAACUAUAAAAGGGUUAAAAAAACACUAACACGAACGAGGCUAAAAGUACUCGGCAAUUUGUCUCAAGACUAAGACUAAAUCUUAAUUAGUUGCUGAAAUGCACAGUGUGUUAAACAGCACUAAUUACGAAAUAGCAACUUCCAGUCUUGACAAAUGAAGCAGAUGCCAAAGUGCUGAAAUUGUAGUUCCCAGAGUGCCCACUUGAGGCUAAUAUGGAAGCAGUGGAAACCUAGCGCACACUUCGCCAGAAAAACAAAAAAACUAAACAAAACGGAUUUUAGAGCAAAAUAAAUACGUUUACAGCAGGAGUGUACCGAUAUGAUAUUGAUCCUACAUCAGCAAAAAAAAAAACGCAUAUCAGAUUAUAUCGGCCUGCAUCUAAAAUCUCUGAUAUCAGCGCUCCCAUCAAGCAAGCUGAGCCCGCUAAAUAACAACAACAACAGUGUGUACUGAAGUACUAACAAAGCAGCAAGGAGUAGGAGUGAUGUCGGCCUUGUGGCAGAAUUUUUCAUUUAAGUCUGAAAAAGACAUUACAGCUGAGUGAAAAACUUGUCAUACAAAAGCUGAGUGCAAAACGUAUCGCCAAUAUCGGUUUAGAAUCGGUGUCGGUCAAUAUUGAAGGUUACAAUAUGGAAAUCGUAUCAGAAGUCAAAAAGUUGUAUCAGGACACCCCUAGUUUACAGCCUGGUUCUAAAAUCAGUUUCAGUCUGAAUAACUCAGGGCUCUGAAUUUUUUUGUUUUGAUCGGCCAAUCAGAGGCACAGCUGACUUGAUUGACAGGAAGGCACACCACAGCUGUUUUCAAAGAGGCUAAAGGCCUGUUAACCAAAGCUUAGGUUGAGUCAGCUUUACUAUAUGGUGACAAGCUUCCAAAACGAAUGGCUGAAAUCACCCAGACUCCAUCCAUUUACUAUACCUGCCAUACUUAAUGGGCAGGUGAACACUUAAAAGAUGAGUAGCGGUCAUGCCGUGUCACAUCAGAGCUGUUUGGUCCAGGACCUUAUCAGAGGACGGUCGACACCGAUGGUAACACUAAAUAUGUUGAUGUAUGAUGUUUGAAUAUUCAGCUGUGGUUUCCUCACAAACUUUUCCUUUUCUGUAAAACCUCAGCCAGCUUGUAAAGCAGGAAAUGAAACCCGAAGCAUCCAGCCACCACUUUCUAUUUUUUUUUAAUGUAAUUCAUCAGAACAGUAUUAUGACUCCAAGCCUCUUUAUGGUGACGCAUUCAGGGUGCUUGGGGUAUUUUUAUAGCAAACCUCAUUCCUCAAAUGUGAUAUCUCUUUCUUCUCCCCCUCCUGAGCCACCCUUAAAACAUAAAUCCACUCCAGACUAGCGUGCUCCGCAGUCCGCAACGACUCCGCCGUCUCGCAGAUUAAGGCAGAGUGAUCCAAACAACUUGGCAACACUCUCCCUGACACCGUGCUGAUUUGCAAACUGAUUACCAUGUAAGAAGAAAAAAAAAGCGGUCGGAUCUGAAGAGGUGUCUGUGUUUUUUUCUUCCUCAUGGAAAAAAACAAAUAAAGUGGGGGAGGGGAAAAAAAAAGACCCACUGGGGAAGAAAGAGGGCUUCAAUAUAGCUCUGAUUGUGAUGGUGCAUCCCACAAGAUGGGAAGAAAAUGGGGAGUGACAGAAGAAGAUGGGGUAAGCUGCUUUUAGACAGGCGAAAGAAAGUGUGAGGGGGAGGAAAGGGAGGAUGGGAGAGCUUUAAGUCCCCCGUCUCUCCAAAAAAAAAGAGGGUACGAGAUUUUUGUGUGAAGCCGCCAUAAACAAGAAGUAGAGGUACACAGGAGUGAGACAGGGUCAAAGAAAUAAAAGCAUCCAAAACAAAGGGGGCACCACUGCCAAAGAUAAAUGUCAUGAAAAACACUGUAAUCCCAUGUUGCUGUUGGAGGUCUAACGUCUGUAAGUGUGCGUGUGCGUGUGUGUGUGUGUGUUUGUGUGCUCAGCCAUAAGCCUGCAGCCGGACUCUCGAUAUGGGGCCGGGCCACAGUCCAGAGCGCUCAGGUAAUUUGACGGAUCGUGCCGCUCAGGCAGGUGAUGCUCGCAGCUCUCCCUUGCUAGGGAUUGUUUCCCUGAGCUUGUUUGGCCGGGGUUGGCAAGCCGACGUAAGAUGAAUAGCGUCUCCUUCUCCGGGCCUGUCUGUCUCUGAUCCGUCCUCGCUGCUCCAAGGUCAGCCAGCCAAAGAGUUGUGGAGAAUGGAAAUGUAAGGCUGGGGGAAGCUGGAGAGAGAGAGAGAGAGCGAGAGAGAGAGAGAAAGGGGGAGAGAGAGAGAGAGGUGAGUAGGGCAGAGGUGGGAUGAAGGUGUGUGUGUGUGAGAGAGAGAGAGAAAGAGAGAGAGGACGGAUGUCAAGGAGUCUACAAGCAAGGUACAUGACUUGGGUCUGAGCAGGUCUGUCUGUGCCCUCUGUGCGUCCUGUGUGUUUAUAAUGUGUGUGUUUGAGUGUGGGGAGGAGCUAGAUGUGAGAAAUACAUCAAACGUCACCAACACAUGGCUAAAGUGGAGAUAUAGAAGAGACAUAGAAACACUUGUGAGUCACUUUGGACGUGAUAGCUACCACGUGUAAAUCACAUCGUGAAGUCAAAAGCAAAACUGGUGAUUUGAAGGGAUGAGAUUUUAAUGAUUUGACUUAAAUCCAUAUAUGAGUAAAGUGUCUGAAUGACAUUUUAACCCAGUUUCUAAGUAACGUUUAAUUAAAUUCCCACUCAGCAGGCAUCGAGGUGAAGAAAAAUGUUCAGAAGAAGGUUGAAAAGGUCUCAAGUCUGGCUAAAUACCUGUGAGCGCCUGCUGCUGAGUAGACUUUACCUCCUCUUCCUCUUCCUCCUCCUCCACACCAAAGAGCUUUGGUGAUCACACCCAAACUUUUAAGCAGGUCCUGAAACUAGAAUUCUAACAAAGUUAUACACAGCCUCGAGCAAGCAGAGUGCAUCUCACUCACCAUCCAUGGGUGGACUUCAAAAGCAGCUCAUAGAUGCUACUUUUAUCCGAACCCAAACCCUCGCUUGCUUGUUUUUCAAAAUAAAAGCCUGGUAUAGGGCUGGGCGAUACAGCCUCAAAUCAAUAUCACGAUAUAUUGAGCAGUUCAUCUCGAUAACGAUAAAUGGACGAUAACUACUCCACAAGCUGCUCACCCCCGCCCACAUUAACUUCGUCUACUUCAGCUACUCUUGAACCGUCCUCCAUCUCCUCACCUGUCUUGGGGUGGAGUCAUGUCUCUGACAUAGGACAGUGUCUUAAAGGGACAUGAGACCAUAGCCCACCUACACACAUCCAAAACCAACUUUUUAUUAUUAAUUUUUUGACACCUAACAUACCGAUAUGGGCAAAAUGGUGUCGUUAUCGUCGUAAAUUUCGGUGUCGGUAAAUUUUCAGUUCAUCGCCCAGCCCUAGCCUGGUAUGUUCGAGACUCCUGGUUUUCACCUCAUGCUUUUAUUCUGUAGAGUAAUUUAGUCUCUGCUGAAUUUUCUUAAGAGAAAAGUCAAAAGUCAUGAAGGUCGUAGAUUUGCUUUGUUCAUAAUGAUAGUUUCUGCUCAUGGGGGGCAUUUUUAUGUCGUGUGAUCCCCCUUUUUUGUCACUCCCUAUGUUAGUCACCUGAAUUAAUUAUAAGUCACAGUAGAUCACACACCACUUCUUCCUUUCCUGUAAAGAAUCAAUCUUUAUGAUGUUGCUGAAGCCAGUAAAUCUCGGUAAGAAAUAGUUUAUGACCUUGUUUGGGGUAAAAUGCAUAAAUAAAGAGCGGGCUGACAGCAGAAUCUCACUCAGCCAACAAGCGCCUGGUGGGAAAGCAAUAAUAGCGGGUGAUGUAACACGGCCAACAUGCAGCCAGUCUGAAAAACACCGUUGAAGGAUAGAAAUUAAAAGUACAAAGGUGUAGUGGUGGACUUGAGUUGUUUGCAGAGAGGACUCCAAACUCAAAGACACGGAUCACACCAUUCUGGGGUCACUAAUGCCGUUUUGAAGCCUGGAAAUCUGUCGCACUUUUUUUUUCAAAACCCGACCAAGGACAUUAUUUAGUCACUUCUUGAGAGGACUUUACUCUGCAAGACUCUCUAUGUAAGUCACCUCGGAGAGUCAAGGUUUUAGGUUCUUUGUUUGGAAGCGAAGAUCAACCUUGGCUCUGUUCGAGAGUUUGCAAAUAGACAGAUGCAGCAUCUCCCCUCCAUCAGACGCCGUUAACAGACCAGAAUGCACCGCAGUGUUUAAUUUUUGAGGCCAUGUUGGAUAUGUGUUGUUGUCUUUGUUCCCCUCUGAUACAUGACAUCCAAUCUUUUUUACGGAUUCUGUUUCGCUCGCUUUUGGCUGCCGCUGUGACUCUCUACACCCACAUGUUUACACGUGUGUGUACUUGUGAAACGCAUGUGUGUGCGUGUGUUUGUGUAUCUAAGAUCUGAGUGUUUGCAUUGUGGGACAUGCGAGCCUCGUGAGUGUACUGUAUAAAUGUCACUUGAUCAUCUCUUUGUGGAUGCGGCUGAGUAAGUAUGGCUCGGGAAAAUCAAUUUUGUGUCCCAAAAGAGGAACAUAAGAGCACAUAACGUUUUUAUUUUAUUUCAGAGUCUGUGAGCCGAGCUUUGAACUUCCAGCUCGGCCUGUAAAUCAGACCAGCAUUUUACUGCUGAAAUAAUCUAAAAAAUAAAACCAUGUGGACACAGAUUUUCCACCAUACAUUUUAUUUUCUCGUCAUUCAGCCGUGUAGAAGGCACUUAAAGCGAAAGCUGCAUUUCCACCAAAAUGUAUUUGCACUAAAAAAAUAACAGAGACUGAGUCCCAGAAGCUUCUUUUCAUGAAAUGUUUCCUCUGGUCUAUUGUUGUUUGUCAUUCUGUGUGCGUAUGUCGCUGCAUUACCUCUCUUCAAGUUGACAGCAGAUGUCAAGUUUACCCAGAGUAGAUCGCUUUAUGCUUUUUAUGAUACGACUUGUGCCGCAUUCAUGCUUUCUAAUUUUCUAAAAUGAAGGUUUUUAAUCCACAAAUCUUUUGGAGUCUAAGCCGUGUCUCCUCCAAAAGCUAACACAGGCACAGAAAAGUAAUUUCUUAGCAACCCCUGCCAUUUACCAGUCCUUUUGUUGAAAGCGUGUGCUCCAAAUCUUGUGAUUUCAGUUCUUGUUCUUUUAUGUUAUCUAAACAUAGUUUGGGUGAUGAUGAGUCCCAAGCCUCCUAACUUUCAAUUUUACCUCCAUUGACACAGAAGAACAUGAAUAAGAAAGUAUUUAAUCUGUCUUUUCAAGCGAACACCUGCAAUUUCAAAAGAGGCUCGAUUUCUGCCUACAAGCAGCGUUUCUGCAGUUUUAAUGCUAACGUCAUGUCAUUGGUCUGAGAUUUGCGGCCUCAGGGCUGAAUGAAUUGACUCCUGUCGUCAGUUUGUUUCUUUGUUUUUUGAUGCAAAGCGUGAAAAGAUGGCAUCAUUCAACAAUACUGUGACCCCACUGUAAAAAAAAAAAAAGAAGCCCAUUUAGAGAAACUUUGUGCUGUUAUUUACCUUUUGAGUUCAGUUGCUCCUGUAGAUUUCACCAAAUAAAAAAGAAUAGACAUAAUUAAUAUAGUUGAUUGAUUGAUUGAUCACUUUUGAAGAACAUUACACCAGUCGUUCAAGUGGCCGUAUGAAGAUCUUGUCAAUAGUCAGAGUCUAGAUUCGCGCGAAUGAAGCGAGUAGAUGAUUUUACUCGCAUUAGACGUGAGUGCCUCAUCAGAGUUUAUGCCUCUUUGGGUUCCUAGUCAGUUGAACUUGAAUACUUCCUCACUGUUUUUUUAGAGGUUGUCAUUCAGGUCCGUGAGUUAUAGAUUGCCAGAAGUUCCAAAUAAAAGUAUAGUUUUACAACGUUGGAAAUAAAGCAACCUAAACCAGAAAAAUAUCAAAAUAAAAACAUGCUGGACGAGGUUUUUAUGAGGAGCAGAUAUUUAAUAACCCCGUUAUUAAUGCCUGAAACCACAAAUUAUGGCCAGAAAAUUCAAUUUUUUUGGAGCUAAAAUGUUUAUUUUACUGACUACUGAAAACCAGAAAAAUCAAAAUGUCCUUAAAAUUUAACAAAUAUAUUUAUUUAUCUUGUUUAUCACACUUAUCUUGUUUUUGGAAAAUGAUUGAACUGACUGACUGAACAUUUAUCUGACUGUAUUUAGGUGUUUUUUAGUAAUUUGUUGAUCAUAUUGAUUUGAUAAACAUAUUAUAAAAGUAUGUAUUGAAUAUGGUUGAAAAGGCAAUAAAGGGCUACGGAAGUUUCAGUUACACGGCUGGUGAUGUGAAUAAAUCACAAAUCUGAACAUCAUUAAAAAAGGAUGAUGACAUUUAAGUUAACUGUGAUUAGUGACAUUUAUUGACCUUUUAUUUUCAAGUUUUACAUAAACAUUGCGAUAUCUUUAUAAUGAUGUUUUGCAGCCAAAAUAACCCCGAGGUAAAAACCUGAUAUAGUGACAGGCCUAAUAGGAGUUUCACAGCAGAGGGAUUUGUCCUCUAGUUUAAGUGGAGGAUGCGGCCUAAACCUGAAAAUCACUGCAACAGAUAUUGAGAUUUUCUUCUCCAAUGACGCCCCCGCAUUCCUCAUCUUAUUUCAUUAGCCUUAUUUCACCCCAUCCCUUCACUCCGCUUAACCGACUUCAUGUGCUCCCUCUCUCCACACCCUUCCACCCUCCCUCGCCAUCCCCCGCGCCCUCCCUGUUCAAUCUCUGCACUGUCAGUUUGUGGCUCCCGCUUCUCUUUCAGUCAUUGAUCACGGUGGCAAUAGCGUGGUGUUUGCCGGCCUGGAAAUGUGUGUCUCGGCGGGGAGGGGAAAGAGAUCAAACACUUUAAUUACCGCAGGCUUGUAGGAGGUGCCAGCUACAGGCAGCAGUCGUGUAACAAGGACAGGUAGAAGAGAGACGCCUGGGCGAACACGGGUGCAUCAGACCAACGACAGAAAAAGGAAAAAAAAAAAGCCCUCUCUACUUCACGCUCACAUCAAGCAACAACUUAAAUACCUAUCUAAUCUCACCCUCAUGCAUCCUACUGACACGAUGGGCCUAAAUGGCGAUUGCUGAGUAGAAAAAAAUUAAACCGCUGCACAUUUUCACCGGAGAGGAAAUCAGUUAUUCCCCAGUGCAUACGCCGCUAACACAUUAGCAUACAUAAACAGUUAAACCAAGCAUGAGCGUACUGUAUAUGAGCUCAUAUUUAUUCAUAAGUUAUUUCCACUUUUUAUCAAACUAGCCGGCGUGAUCGUGCGAUCUUUCAUCAAAAAUGCAACAACCUUUACAACCUUUUAAACCCAUUGUCAUUCUGCUUUUAUCACACGGCUGGUUCAUUUGUAGGACCUGCACUGAUCCUGCAGAGAACUGUAUGGAUAGGAGGAAAAGGCUGACACAGACCACAGCUGUGAUUGAUGUCCUGUCUCACUCCUCUCUCUGCUGAUUCAGGGGCUCCGGGCGUUGUGGGAAUCAUCUCUCUACUCCGCUGGUUUUUAUUCCUACCAGGUAGCUGCUCCAUCCUGUCGCUCAGGACCCAGCCGCGACUGCAUGUGUUGUCAACCGGUUGAUCAGGCGUGUAAGAUUCCCAGACUUGUCAAAUUUUAUGGUGGUUAUGAACCUCAGAGUCAAAAGAUGUUGAGAGAGUUGCUGAGUCAAUAAUUUAUUAUGUUUGUUUUGUCGAACAACCUCAAAACCGCGGUGAAAUAUUCUUUGCUUGAUCCAGUGGUCCGAAUCCGGCGUUAUCCUGAUUUAGUGAACAUUUUCCGUAGCUCUGGGGUUCCUGAGCUGUGAUUAAUGACACACAAAAUCUGCAUGAAGAGGGGGCUGUAAAUCACAGUGGUCUUAAAGAGUUGGGCAGCUGUUGUGCAGGUAUAAUGUGUCAACAUUCAUUUUCUUUUCUCUAGCUCGCAGAUUUGAAAGUUAUUUUCUCCGGCUUUAGCUGUGAGUAAAUGUAAUGGUAGAUUUUAGUGCAACAAGACCUAUUACACUUAUUUUCACCCUUUAUUGUGUCAGCCAAGAACCCCUAUAGAGUACUUUUGCAUGAUUUCCAGCUCUGAGACACUAUAUUUAUUUUGUACCCGCGUCUGUGAAAACCCUCUUUUCAGCACUAUCCAGCCUGCAGCAACUUUUCUGCCAAACACUCUUUGUUUUGGCCGCUUUUCCAGCAAUAUAAAGUUAGACACAGCUUGUAGGUGUUAUUUUUUCACACAACUUUGUGACUAUAGCACAACCUAAAAGUUAUGUCUUAACAGAAAGUGUGAGAAGCUAGUCAUUUUAGCUAUAAGUUAGGGUGACCAUACAACCUCUUUUACCUGGACAUGUCCUCUUUUUUUGGGGGCUGUCCAGCUUUGUCAGGGGGAGUUUAUAAAAUCCUUAAAAUGUCUGCGGUUUUGUAUGGAAGUUUCGAGUUUGUGUCAUGUGGACUUACUGAGUUAGUAGCCUUAAAAAAGACACUCGAUCUGACCCGAAAAACUCUCAAAAUUAACUUUGUGCAACUUCGUGACUCCGCCCCCGCGUAGUCGUGUCCUCUUUUUGGGGAUUCAGGAUAUGGAAACCCUUUAUUAGCAGGUAGUUUUUACUACAUGAGCAGCUGUGACAAUGUUAUAAAUUGGGCUGGGUUAGGCACAUAAUGUUUGAUCCCUUAAUCACAGUUUAAAAAAAAAACUUUUAAAAUAGAUCAAAAACUUUCAUUUCAUGUAACAUUAUUUUCACUAGAGGCUGAUUUGACUGACAGGCACACUGUAGCCCUCUCUUAAACGGCUAAGGUGUGCCCGUCAAUCAAAUCAGCUGAUCUUAAAAACAUAAUCAUUACAUAACAUCCACUUCCUGUUUAGUGAGUACCAGGCUGUGAAGGCGAUAAUUUUAACCUGCUUUAUUGACUUUGUGUGUAUCUGGUUUCUGGUGCUCCUGCAGCCACCCUCUAGUGGGCGCUCAUGGAACUGCAGUUUUUAGCUUUACUGUAUGCGUCAUUUCUUAGAGGUUGCCACGUGGUGAAAUCAUAUGAAGUUAUCAGAGUUGUUAGCUGUGUAACUGUAGUAGAAAUACUGUUUUACUCUGAAAUAUGGCUGAGAUUCCUCCUAGAUCAUCCAUGUACAUCAUAAUUUAAAGUCCUACUCUGAUCAUUUUUGUUUUACAACUCAAAGUGUUAUCAGUGGUCUCUAAAUUGUGAGUUUUUCAGGCCAAGUUUUAAGUAAAAAUCAUGUUACCUGCGUUAUUUUCAAGGACUUCUCUUCUGCAGAGCUUCAGUAGCUCAUUAGCAAUCCGCCUCUGAGUUGUGGGCGGAGACAGCGCUGCUCUGCACACUCCUUGCUGCCUAACAUUGCCAGUGUAGUAGAAGUGGCAGGUUACAUCAAAGCUAUUCAGCUUUCGGACACUCUUGUCUUUAUGGACAUGAUGAAAGUUAAUAUCUUAAUUAUCUUUCUUAUGAGCAUUGCAAUCCACCAACACACACUUGUUCUGCGAUCAUCCUCUACUUCUGCGUGUGGCCUGCGGGGCUCAGGGGGCGGAGCUUGGAUUUGUGAUGUAGGAAAUCUCACUGAAUCUGAACCUGCCGUUUAAGUCUGUGAGAGUUUCACAGCGAUUUGAAUGCAGAAAUACUCAGAAAUGCAAUUUCACAUUUACUUUUCUCAUUAGAUGUCCUGUAGCAUCAGAAAAAAUGCCAUAUAAUCAUGUAGACAACAAGAAAAAUGUGAUUUUCAUUGGAGUGGGUCUUUAAGUUUUUGAUCAAUCUGAAAGCAGUUAAGUUAUCCCACAUUUAUAAAUAUAUUAGCAAUAUUAGGAUAGCAUAUAGGCUAGCCUAAGAAAUUAUCCUCCAAAUAAAAGUGCAGUAAAUCUGUAAAUUUGAUAGUAUGAACACAAAAUAAGAGAUUUUCAUGAGAUCGAAUGAAAGAGCAGAUAAAUCUUAAAAGUCAAUUACUUUAACAUUUCAACAAAGAGGACGAGAUAAAGUUUAAGCAUUCUCAUUACGGCGGCCACACAAAGCCUUUUGCUGGUGGGACUCUGUUGUAAUUGUUUAGGUGGCUUUGUUUGUGGGUUUCCGGCUUAAUGAACAAAUGAUCUCUUUACUGAAUUUGAGUUUUAGUUUGGGGGAUGAUGUGUUUUCAUUUUUUUCCCUGUGAAAGCACGGAGGCGAGUGGCCAAAUGUAAUUCCGUCUCAUUGUUUGUGCUGAUAAUUUGUAUUUUCAUCGGGGGUGCAGUCCCUCUAAGGCCGUGAUGAAAUAGAAGAGAUAAUAGGGAAGAUAUGGGAAAAAAUCCGGGUUGAGGGAAGAUUGUAUCCACCUUUCUUCAUAAUUUCUUACCUUGCAAAGAGUUAUUUUUUUAUCCUGCCGUUUCUACCGCUCCUACUGAGGCUGCCAAAAACACAUGGGCUUUAUGGCUGUUUGGUCUCCACAGAAAUGGAUUUUGGUUUUCAUUAAGAGGUGAGGUCUUUGAUAUGGCAGAUCAAUUUUUCAGGAGUGUUUUCCUUUGAUAAACAAGGGCCUUUUCCUCAGCGGGUGAGCACAGGCACAGGCUUGGACCGAGCCCAGCGCGGGUUGGAACAGGAGCAGUCGGAGGAGGAAUUAUGGAGAACGUAUAGAAGGAGAAAAAAAGAGAUGGUGGGGGGGAGCCGAGGGAGAAGAAAGGGACAGAUGAAGAUAGAGACAGCAGCAAUGAAGAGUGGAGAAUAAAUAUUUAUGUCCUGUAAUGUUUCUGCAUGACAGAUUCUAUAUUAUACUUGGAUGUGGUGCUGCACGUCGACCAUGAGAAAUGUGUUGGUGAUGAAUUUCACACCGCACCAAUAAAGCACACUGGUGGGUUUGGACAGAGAGGAAAAGGAUACCUGUAAAAAAAAAAGAGGGAGAAAAUGAAAAUGAAGAAAAGAUGGAGAGGCAUGAAAGAAAGAGAAGAGAACAAAGGGGGGGGGGCUCAAACAAAGCAUCGAACGACAGAAAUUGACAUCACAGGUUUGGUAAAUGUGACGGUGUACAUGAAGCAGAUCGAGAUAGUGUACACAAGGGACGAUGGCGAAAGAAUGAAAGAGAUUUGUGGCUCUGCGAGUGAGGGGCAUGAAAUGAAUCAAGCCAGGGGGGCCUGCUGGAGUGUGUCCUGGGGAUGUGUGCGACUGGGUCAGGCAGAGGAGUGGGCUUUGGGAUCAGGGAUGGUUGCAGGCCGGGUCUAUAGAGGCAGCCGAAGGCGAAGAGAAGAGACGGACAAGGGCCAUUAACUCAGGGAGAGUAGCUAACCAGGAUCAGUCAGGGAGGGGCGGCAGUUUGGAUCUGCACUGAGGGGAAAGAGGAAGUUGUAAUUUGUAACCCACAAAGUAUAAUUUCUUUAAAAUGGAUGGAGAGUGUUUUUUCUGACAUUCAUCUAACUCCAUGCUUUAUCAUUGUUGCCAUGGUUGCAUCUGCUGUGCCUCCUUUCUCACUCAGCUUACGUCCUGAUUGGCUAUCGUUGUUACAAUCUGCAGAGUGCCUGUUUGGCUGUCUCCAGGAUUUCUGAUGGUAAAUAUUCAACAUUUCUAAUGUUUAAGAUUUCAGAUAUUAAAGCUGUUAGAAAUACACUCAUAGUCUUUUGAGGAAAAUACCAUUUAGUGUUUUAACCCUUAGAACUCUCAGCUAUAUUUUGCUAUUUUUGGUCUGCCUGUUUUUUUUUUGUGUAAAAAUGUAUGUGGCAACUCGAUCCUUUCAAGCACAGUGAAUAUAUACACAUAUUUUUUUUCAGGACAACCUCAGCUGUCAGUUUAUGGAGCAAAAAUUAUGUAAAAUGAAUAUGACAGUAGAUUCAGAACCAUCAAAGUCAACCAAAAAACAAAAUCGGAAAUUAAUACCAACAAUACUUUGCUCAAAACACAAACAUAAAUCUACAGUGACCAAGCCUUUUCUCACCUGCACAUCAUUCUCUCAAGUCUUGGCUUUCAGGAGAAGAAAUAUUGGGAUUGAAACAAACACACAACAGAAACUAUUUACAUAUUUACACUCAUUCUUCCAGGUGUUUUUUUACUAUUAACAGUUGUUUAUGCCACUCCUUGAAGCAGUUCCUGUCUGGGAUGAGACAGAGGACCACAUCAUACUGCUCAUAAUCUCUUCUUUGCUUGUUUCCGAGCAUUGAGAACCAUUAUUUCUGAUUUUGCAGACAAACGGGGAACUUUCUUGUCUCUUGUUGAUCUUUGGUUGCCUCUUAUUGGACACAAUAGAAGAAGAAUAUGAGACCGUGUAAUUGGUCGAAAGUUUGAAAACGACGUCCUCAAAACAGCUUGUUAAACCCAGAAGACAUAAAUGGCAUUUAGCGAUAGCAAUCUUUUUUUAUCACAACAAUCUGAUAAAUAAUCCUGUUUUCACUGGUAUAUCACUGCAGAUUUACCAUCAAACAUCUUUGAUCCAACGCCUUUUCUUGUGGCUGGAUUGUAAACCUUGUGGCAGGUGUAGAAAAGCCUGGAAACCUUCAAUGGAUCACCAAAAGGAUAAGCUUUUGAGCACUUUUUAUCCCAUUGAGAUACACGGUAUAGUUCCUGAGAAACUGUAAACAAUAGUAAUGGUGUCACGUGGGAUCACCAGCGGAGUUGUAAGCGUUAACAAGGAAAUGGAGAAGAAUGAUCCAGACUCUGGCCAUGAAAGAAAGCAUCUUUUCUGUGGCUUUUUUGACUUCAUCUACUUAAUGUGGGACGGGGAGAGUGUCCAUUAGUCCAAGAGACACCCCUGGAUAGACAUGGUUCAACAGACAGUUUAUGGUGCUCUUCAUCUUUAAUGUUUUAAGGCUCAUUUAUGCCCUACGUUAGAUACGCACACAGAUUUGGAUAAAGUUUUCCGUCCACACUCAGGGUUCAUUUCAUCCUUAUUUCUGCAUGCCCUCUGCAAGCUCAUCGAUACAUCCAAAUAUUGCACCAUCGCAGAAAACUGAGAGAAGUAAGGUCAAGAGUACAAAUCACAGACUGUGGAAAGCAGGAAUCAUAACACCAUACUUUGAAAAAACUUUAAAUCCUGCGUCUAUAUGUCGGGGCGUAUUCACUGACCGUCAUCAGAUAAACGUGUUGAGAGCCUGGUUUGAAAAGUUUGAUUAGUCCAUAAAUACAAACUGACAGAUUUUAUUCCUCUUGAUACAGCACCAGUUUUGUUGAGACCUGAGGGCUGUCCCAGAACUUUUUCGAUUAGAUGUCACUGUUUUUUUUUUCACAAUAGUUACCAGUCGCUCUUGGGGAGAAUAAAUGUUGAAUAAUAUGACAGUGCCAUGGUAAGAAAUUUAAUCUGUUUUGGUUUUGGUACAAUAAUAGCUUGUUUAGUUGUUUUUUUUUCUCUGGUUCCAUUAAACUGACUGUGGUUUUGUCACUUGAACACAAACAUGUUGUUUUGGGGGAAUUUCAAUAACUGAUGCUGUCAAAAAUCAAUUGUGUAAAAGCUGAAAAGAAGGCUGUUUAUCUUAAGUCAUGGAAAGUUGAGGUUUUAGGGGUGCAUGCUUUCACAGAACAGUCAAAAAUACUGCACCGAUGCAGCAGAAUAGUUGUGUGCUUUUCUUUCAAAGACCUCCCGAGCAUUUUGGGAUCAAUAGUAGUCUCUGAAAAUUGUGUUUUCAAUAUUGCUCAACCCUUUUUUCUGUAGAUCCUGUAUUGCUUCUUUAAAUCUAAGCGUAGCUGCUGCAGAAGUCUAUUUAUGAGCUGCAGUUCCUGGUAAUUAAGUCAGAGUUUCUGCCCGCUCUCCUGUUUUAUCCGUUUGUUAUUUAUUCCAAAUUGCUGCAAGUUUGCAUCGGGCCGUGUUUUCCAGGGAAAGCCUUAACACUCAGCAGCUGCUCCAGCUUUUAAUCUAGAAGACCUCUCGAUAUAGGCUGGGUCACUGCGGCGUAAAUUACCCAACAUUAAACAACAGGUCAAUACUUAGUUGUUUGAAUAAAACCGUCACGGAUUAUUGUUUUAAGUCCACGAUUGACUUUUACUAUUUACUGUUUAAUGCGCUGAAUAAAAGGGAUAAGGAUGCUGUUUGUUCAGGAGAAAAAAAAAAAGGAGCAGCAUCCUUUUCUAACUGAGAUAUUGUUGUGAUAAGAAAGACAGAUUGAAAAAGUGAAAUGUUCCACUCAGACAGGACUAAUUUUUCUCGGUUGUGUUGUGAUUUGUAAUCAUUGUGGCGUUCGAUUUCCACGGGGAGUGUGCUGCAUUUUCUGGUUCGAUCUUCCAGUGGCGGCAACAAUGGAGGACGGCUUUGAAAAAUUUCUUUUUUCUGGAAACUUCAUUUUGCAGCUUGAUAUACUCAUGUUACUCCAAUAUCAGAAUUAUAUUAAUUAAGAGUGUCCCGAUAAGAUAUUGAUAUCGGUCUGAUGAUAUCAGCAAAAGUUCGAAUAUCGGAUUAUAUCAGCCUGUAUCUAAAAUCUCUGAUAUCGGCUAGGCCUGAAACGAUUCCUCGAAUAUUUCGAGUACCUCCAUUACAAAAUAACGAUCGAAGAAUUUUCUCUGCCUCGAGUUCUCGUUUAUAAGCUCAAAUCGUCGCUGUUUUGCACGGAUUCUUUUGAAGGUGACACAAUGCGCUUACAUCACCACGAUAGGAGGAGGAGUAAACGCUGUGUAGGUUUUGCAGGGUGGAAAAAAUUAAUGAUGAGAGGGGCUUUUCUUGCAAUGUUGCCAACUUAGUGACUUUAGCGACUUUUCGCGCUUGUUCCGCAAUUGUCCUCCAUUUCUCCAAGUCUGGCCUUCAUUGCUGGGCUAUAGGAAAUCUAACUUUAUGUGAGUCUGCCGUUUGGGUCCAAUUACUCGAGUAAUCGAUGGAAUAUUUGGUAUAUUACUAAAAUAUUCGAUAGCUGCAGCUCUAGUAUCAGCACUCCGAUACAAGCAGUCCAUCCGAGACUCCUCUCCAGCACCUCUAUCUCGCAGCACCCGGAUCCAGCAUAUGGAGCCCAUGUAAUCACAACAACAGUGUGUACUAAGGUACGAACAAAGCAGCGAGGAGUAGGAGUGAUGUUGGCCGUGUGGCAUUUUUUUUCGUUAUCGUUAAAAAACGUUGAAACUGAGUGCAAAACUUGUCAUGCACAAGUUUGGGCUAAUAUCCGAUCAAUAUCAGUGUCGGCCGAUAUUGAAGGCUACAAUAUAGAUAUCGUAUCAGAGGCAUAAAAAGUUGUAUCGGGACACACCUAAUAUUAAUGACUCUGCUGUGCAAAAAUGUGAUGCAUCUAUACAAGACCCAAGAGGCAGAGUCAAAUCUGCAGCACCUGGCCACUCAAGUCUCUUUCAGCUCCUUGUUUUGGUUUCACAUUAAUGAUUUACAUCAACUCGCGUUGACCCCAGCGCAAGAAACAGUAAUCUCAGCUCUCAUCCGCACAAGAAAAUCUGAUUGUAGGCUCCCUGCCCGGCGUGAAACGAUGGCGAGCCAAGGAAAUUGAGUGGCUGGUGAACACAGCAGAAAAAUUCCGGAAGCCAGAGAGAGCCAGAUGUUUUCCUCGGGAGUUGGCGGACGCACCUCCAGGCUGGAGCGCCAGUGAAUGUUGGACUUGAUUCAACAGGUGGUGUGAAAGAGUGCUCCCGUUGAAAUGUGCCAACGUUCUGCUGCUUCCUCUGGACGUUUAAGUAAUGUUCGGUGAUUGUUUGCUAACACUUGAUAGCUCGGUGAUGAUCUGGUCAUUUAUUAAGGCCUGUUGCUAUGCAGUGCUUUGGGAGGGUUUAUCAGGCCCACUAGAUAAAAAAGGUUUCAUGCAGAUUUAGUUUCAUGUCCCGGCGAGAUUUGUGGGUAAUAAACCGUGAGGGAAUCUUCCUCUAGCAUGUUUUUGUUCUCUCGUAGAAAGAACAACUCUCUUGCGUCUGAACCUUUAUUGCUGAUGACCAUAUUGCGGUGUUGGACUAAACUGUAUGCACAUGAGUGUCGCUGUGCACUUAAAUGCCACACAGCGCUGAGAGGAGGCACUGAUGUGUGACAGAUGCCUGACGGCUGGAGAUGCACUAGCAGCCCGUAUCAAUGGAAGUGUCUUCCUUGCUUCUCCUAAAUGCGUUCAGACAGAGACAAAGACGAAGGCUGCCGACUGAAUCCCCAAAAUGGACAGCUCUGGGACGCUGAGUGAAAGUCAAACAGUGUAGUGCAAAGUAGUCCUGUCUGCCGGGUCCAUUAAUGGAGAGUCGAGCAGGUGAGUGCUGCAGUGGUGCAGAGGCUGGCAUAUGCCAAGCUAGAGGGCUGAGACGGGCUCAGCAGACCCCCUGCCUUUAGUGUCAUCUGUCACCAUUCGGAGAGUACGUGUGGGACUGUAGGCAUGUGUGUGUGUGUCUGUCUGUGUGUGUUUUGGUGCUCAGCGGGAUAAGGAGAAAAAGAAAGAGGAGGGAGAAGAAAGAGGGCAGGGUAGAGGGCAGAAAAUUUGGCAGAGACUGAAAAGGGAGACACAGAGCUCACAGUAUUCAGACAGGCUGGCUGAACUAAGUGAUAAUCCAGAGCUGCGAACAGGUUCAAUUCCCAAACAGGUAAGUAGAAUGGAAAAAUACUGUGUGAUUCAAGUGAAACAACAUGAAAACCUACUCAUUCAUAUUCAACAACAUCCUGGUCUUCAGUCAUUAUUGUUUGUUUUUGUGCUGCAUCAUACAGCAGAGAGACAGAGAGAGAUUUGGAAAGAUGAUGCACCGUUACAUCAUUUCAAAGUUUAAAAUUUCUUUAUAUAUGCUGCCCGCUGUGCCCCUGACCCCGCUGUGCAAUGUCGAAGUAAAUCCUCUGAGGUAUUAGACAAAUAGAAAUCUAAUCCAAAUAAACACAUUGUCUAACCUCCUCUCCUUCACACAAUCUCCCAGAAAUAUUCAGCAAAAAAAGCCCCAGACAGCUGAGACAGCUUGAACAGUGAAGCCUCAAUAAUCUUUAUCUUGAUAAUUACAAUGGAAUUAAUCACAGUGAGUAAUAUACUGCAAUGUGUCUUUCAGCUCACCACCUUGGUUUAGUUUGAAGACUUUACGUUUUAAAAGAAAAUAGACAAAAUCAGUAGUAAACACAGUGGAACUUUCAGCAGCCAGAGCAAGACAUGUCCCUGAGGAGUUGGUGGCAGCAGGGUCGUGUCCCAAAGGAUUGAUAAGGGGGGGCAUUGGCCCCUUUUUGUGAUUGGCCACCACAAGAUCCCAAAAUGUUUUGCCUUGUCAGAGUUCAUGGUCAUGCUCCAAACAACCGUUUAGGCUGUGAUGCCACAGGCUGCCAAGAGCUGUCUCUGCAUUUCAGCAUACCAGCAUUUUUUCCUUUUUGUCAGACCUUAUUUGUAAGACCUAAUACACCCCACUGUACUGACCUUCAAGUAAUAUAUGUACUUUUAUGUCGGCUAAAUUAUUAAAUGUUAUAACAAACUGAGUCUGUCCAAGGAUAAGACAUUUCUACACUAUGAUUGGUAUGAAAACAUCAGGCUAAGAGGCGGCCUUCAGGUGGCCCCAACCCUACCAAUGUUAACGAAUCCAACAAGUGAGAAACUGACUGAACAGCUCAUACAUGCACUGAAGUAGCACUUCUUGUGAGUAAAAGGUCUUCCUUUAUUCCCAUCAUCAAGAGACACUGGUUUAAAUGAAGAGUGAACAGACAGGCUGAAAGAAGGGUUUUGAAAAAAAAAAUCAGCCUGAACUACUGAAUGAUUAGAAUUUAUUAAACAUCAUGUAAUCAUCAUGUAAAGCUGCAGAGAAAUUGUCAGAGGGACAAUAUAAAGCUAAAUAGAUAAAGAGGCAUAACACCCUCUCUUUAAGAAAGUGGAUUUCUGGUACUUUCUGCACUCUGUAAACUCAGUUCUAUUUAUAAUUAAUACUUUAUCUCUCUUAAUAUAUACUCAUCCCUCUGAGUGUGGCACGAAAAUUCUAAUGCACCUGUACUGGUCUGUACCUGAGCGAAAAGCAAAAUAAGUCUAUUCUAUUCUAUUCUAUUCUAUUCUAUUCUGUUUCCCAUCCUAUUCUAUAACCUAUCCUAUUCUUUUUAAUUCUGUAUUCUAUUCUUUUCUAUUCUAUUCUAUUCUAUUUCACUCUCUAUCCGAUUCUGUUCUAUUAUAUUUUUACUCAGUAUUCUAUUCUAUUCUAUUUUGGUCUAUUCUAUUUAUAUUCUAUUCACUUUUCACUGAGUAUUCUGCUGUACUCUAUAACCUCCCCUAUCCCCUAUCUAUUCUUUUUAAUUCUGUAUUCUAUUGUACUUUACUCUCUAUCCGAUUCUGUUCUAUCGUAUUUUCACUCAGUAUUCUAUUCUAUUCUUUUUAAUUCUGUUUUCUUUUCUAUUCUAUUCUAUUUCACUCUGUCCUAUUCUAUUCUAUUGUAUUUCCACUCAGUAUUCUGUUCUAUUCUAUUCUUAAUUCUUAAUUCUGUAUUCUAUUCUUUUCUAUUCUAUUUCACUCUCUAUUCUAUUCCCUUCUAUUGUAUUUCCACUCAGUAUUCUAUUCUAUUCUAUUCUGUUUUAUUCUAUUCUUUUCUUUUCUAUAUCCUAUUCUUUUUUAUUCUGUAUUCUAUUCUAUUCUAUUUUCACUCAGUACUCUAUUCUGUUCUAUUCUAUUUAUUUAAGUUAAAAAAUUUGAAAGUUAAAAAAAAAAAAGUGUGUUCAUUUUGGAUGUGCCACUCCACUUUAUCCUACAUAAAUGCACCAAAUGCUUCAUCCUUUUAUACACUGGGGUGAUUUAUUGAAUUGAGUUAAAAUACCAAGGUUUUUUUUAUUGAUGCACCCCGUGUCGGUCAAGAACUUUCAGACCUCUCGGAUGUGUGAAUGGGAAGAUGCAUUUAGUAGUUGUGAUAUGUGAAAUAUGAAACUUCCCUUAAGUGUCUCUAUCAAAGUCUUAUGGUGCACUUGGAAGCAUGAAAACCCACAGGGGUCAUGGUUGAAUCGGCUUUUACCUCAGAAAUAAAAGAAGAAGAAAUGUAGGAAGAAUGUCGGAUAUUUUUCUCACUCUCUGGGUAGCGACAUCUUUGUCUACUUAAAGUUGUUUUUAAUAGUCUUGAAAAAGUCAUUGUCACAAAAUCUGCAUUAUUCUGUCGUCAGCAAAAGCCUCCCUUUCAGGAUGUGAAAUAAAGCUGGCAGAUAAAAAAAGAAACAGUGCAUUCAGCAGAGCAGAGCAUCAAGAAAUCACACACUCGAGCACCGAGGUAUAAAGCUUUAUCAUUCAAGUAAUGCAACAAUUUCCCUUUCUGUUUGUCCUUUUCUUUCAAUUCCUUUUUGAUGACAACAAAACAAGGCCCUUACACGACACAUAGUCGUUUCCAGCCCGAAACACCUUAUAACCCCCUCCAGUUUCUAUUUAUUAUUAAGCAACAGAAGGGAGUAGUAGUUGGGGGACUUUCAACCUGUGAUGCUCCUUUUUCUUCUUCUGUUAUCAAUUUGAAAAGCAUACGGCUCCACAAUAUGGUAUUCAAACCACUCCAAGCUCAGUAGUCGCCCAAAAUACGUAGAGACAUUAAUUGUGCCAUCUGUGUCGUGGGUGUAUCCAUGUGUGUGCUUUCAUAGGCAGAUCAAAAGCUUCUGAGGACAUUUGUUUUCCAAUGUAACACAAAUUUAUGGAGAGGAAUUACAAUACAGCUCCUAGUUAGUCCCAGAAAAUGUAAAAAAAAGCAAUGGGAUUUUAAUUGUUGAGUUAGAGGCCUGAAUGGGUACAUGAAAUAACUCACAAAUAGGGGGGUUCCCAAGCCUCCAGUCAAAUCAGCCCGUGCCUAAGUAUGCAUAACUCUUAGCCUUCAUAUAAUCAAAAUAGAUGAGUUUGAACAAUAGUGCCACCUGUGCAGCUGAUAGAAAUCAAGAAAUGAGCUAAAGAGAUGGAAAUUAUGCUUGAGAAACAUAUUAAACUUCGCAGCAAAAAUGGGCUUGAUGGGGGAGGUGGUUCAGCUGCUACUUUCAUAUUUCUGUUUCCAGCCACAGUCUGAUGAAAAACCACUGUCCAGUCACCGGAAAAGCCACCGUCCACCUUCUCAUGAGCUUACUGUUUCAUAUCCAAAAUUACGCUUAUGCUGCAUUCCUGUUGUACUCAAAAGUCGGGAUUUCUGAGCUUCAAGUCGGAAAUUCAUCUUGAACGCCCCCCUGAAGUCGGAUUUCUGACAACGUCAUUAUUCAAGAUGGCAGCGCAGUACAUCAACAGUAAAGAGUAACAGUGAAAGCUCUCGUAAUGUGUUAUUUAUUUAUUAUAUGUUGUUCUGCCUAACGUCUAACUGUGAACACGGUGGUACGGUGUUUGCAAGAGUAAAAUACUAUGCUAGGUGUUGUUUACAACUACUAUAGCUAACAGCAACUAACAAUAGCUAACAACCGCUAACAAAAACUGAUAAAGGCUAACGACAGUUGACAAUUGUAAACAACUGCUAACAAGGGAUAACAGUGGGUGUCCAUCUUGGUUUUUCGACUUGUUUACUGGAAUGUCGUCAACUUGGGUGUAACGUCAUUCCCAGCUCUGACAUCCGACUUCCGAGGUGACUGGAUCGCAGCAUUAAACUAGAGUCUGAUCCGUCUCCGCCAUGUCUCGGUUUGGUUUAGCCGACACCUGGUGGCUGUGUUUUUAUAGCCCAGCACUUCCAGACAGCUGCAGACCAAGUAUCUGAAAACCUCUGACUCGUUGACUCCAUGCCUUGCUCUGCACACUAUGGCAAACACGACCUGUGUUUUAUUCUGAAAAUCAAGCAAGGGCUCUAGUUGUUUUAAGUUGUUUCAGUGUCAGCUUUUCUGUCUCUGUCAAUUUGCCCUGCGCUGAUUGAUGUGUCACACUCUGAUGUAUAUCAAAAAUAGAAGCUGGGUGCAUCAGCUGCAGAGGGCCCUGGAUUGCUGAAGCUAGGGAUGUGCAGAAAUGCAAUGCAGCAAACACACUGACUGAAGUGAAAACCAAUAUUUUUGGUUGCCAUGGCAGAGUGGAGACAGAUCUGGUGGAAUUCAGAAGUAACAUCACUUUCCUCUCCCCAUUGUCUAUUACCGUCUUUUGUUUUUAUAUUACAUAUGAGUGAUUGAGACAUUUCAUGGCUUAUCUUAGUCUAUAUUAAUCACAUCAUCUUUUCUGAGAAUCUCUAAAUACUGUUUUACAGUAAAUGUAGAUACUUGCCUUUUCUUCCUAUUUUCAAGGCCACUGUUAAUUAGCAUUACUUCAAACAACACUUCUCUUGCUUUUGAUAACUGGAUGUUGAUUCUAACUUUCUCUUUUAAGCUCUUAUUUGUGAUUUUCUCUGCCCUUCUUCUUCCUUGUAUUCUUGAUUGUGCCGGUGUACAGGAUGCAGGCUGUUCUUGUGUGAAGACUUUCAUUAGGUUCAGCAAUGUGCAGUUUAAUGCAGAUGUGUAGCUCUCAUUUUCAUCUGAUAAUGCCACCCUGCCUGCCACCAGUACAGUAGAUGAGCUCAGUUUAUGACAGUUAUGGGGCUAUGUGCAGAACCUCCUCCUGCAUUGUCUUCAACUUAAGAGUCUUUGCAGUCAAAGCAGUACUUCACAAACUUAAUUUACUCAGUAGGCUACCACUGUUGACUUUAAAUGGAUGGUUUUAGUUAAAGUGUUAAAAAUGUCCUGCUGGGGGACCAGUCCACCUUGCUUGAUACUUUACACAUGGAUGCAGUGGCUUGCUUCUUUUAGCGCCAUCUUCAGGGUAAACUACUAAAACACAGUUUUUCCAUCUGUUAUCCUGGUAUAUUUUUUGCACCAGAGCGCAAAAUUCAUAGAAAUUAAGAGGUAUUGAACCUGCAUCUAUUACUCUGAAUUAGGGCUGGGAGAUAAACCGAAAAUUUCCCGAUACUGAAAUUUAAGACAAUAACCGACGUCAUUUUGCCCAUAUUGGUAUAUUCGGUGUCAAGAAAAUAAAUAAACAAAAGUUGGUUUUGGAUGUGUGUAGGUAGGCUAUGGUCUCAUGUCCCUUUUAAGAUGUUGUCCUACAUCAGAGACGUGACUCCACCCAGUCCGUAACAGAGAGGGAAAGACAGGUGAGGAGAUGGAGGACGGUUCAAAAGUUGUAGCGGCUGAAGUGGACAAAGUUAAUGUGGGAGGGGGUGAGCAGCUUGUGGAGUAGUUAUCGUCCAUUUAUCGUUAUUGAGGAGAACUGCUCAAUAUAUUGUGAUAUUGAUUUGAGGCCAUAUUGCCCAGCCCUACUCUGAAUACAACAUUGCUUGUACGAUCAUACACCACAUUACGCACAUGAAUCAGUAAGCUAAAGUAGAUCCAAACAUAACCUGAAAAGUACAUAUAAUCAAUCCUGGAUGUGCUUUAACUUUUUGAUUUAUCGAAUACUAUUUCCUGACUUCUAAAGGAAAAAGUGACGCUCCCUUGGGAGUCCAAUAAGUCAUUUUUAACCAGAGUGUGUAACUGUCCAGGGACUUUGUCCCAUCAAAGAUGCUAUUAAAUCUGUCUCCUGCUCAGUUUUGUACAGACCUCUCUUCACCUCCAUCACCACGCUCUGAGACAUUAUAUUCAGACUACAGAGGCCUCCGCUUCACGUGUCUGUCUGCCCAUUUUUCUCUUUUUCAUUUGACUUCUUAACUCCUCUCCAGCCCGGAGGCACAGUAUGUCAUCGUGCAGAGCAGGUCUCGCUGACAGGGUGUGACGCUCAGGUGAGAAUGCACAAUGACCUUUCCGGGUCACCUCUAUUCAUUAUCAAGCUGAGAUCACAUCGAAAUACUCCACAGCUGUUAAUAUGUGUCACCUACGUUUCCGUUGUUGAGCUCAAGUCAAAUCUCCAGAGCUGA